AUGUCUCCACCAGCUGUUGAGAGCCAAGUUCAAGCAUUAACGGAUCUUUACAACAGCAUUCAGAACGCGAGGCACCAUCCCCGCAAUCUAUUGAAGACUGCCAUUGCCCCACACCCGUUACCGCUAACACAUCCGUCUCUUUUGCUAUAUUCCCAGCAGCUCAAAGACAUCGCCCAUACGCUACGCUCGGAUGCAGUCCAAUCUGCUCUGCGGGCGGCGAAAGAGAGUGAGAAAGCAGACGGGCAGAACAUCAUGAACAACGUUCGCCGUGAAAACCGCAAGAGAAGGCCACCCUCGCCGGAAUCGCCUCAGCCUUACACCGUCAUAGAGCGGCAGAGCUCAUCCUUGUUCCCUGUGACCAAAGAUGAUGUAGCUCCUUUGAAAAGUCCUGAGCUGAUUGAGUAUAUACGACAGUUCAACAAGAAAAAUUCAUCCUAUAAAUUGGGAAUAUGGCAGGGGACACGAUCUUCCACCAGAGACUUAAAAAAUCCAACGAUUCUUCGUUUCACAAUCAAGGACGUGCUCACAGCAUACCUUACAGUGAGCUAUACAUCCAAUGAUCUUGUUCUGUUGGUGGAGAGCGUGACAACAUUUGGCCCAAGAGAAAGGAAACUGCCUCAUUCUCAAUCGGAUUAUUCAGUGUAUCGGAUGCUAUCACAAGAAUUCGGAAGGAUGAUUCAUUCAGACCCGCGAGUGGGGCUGCAGAAAUUCAUGACGUUACUUUGCUCGUACGAAAAUAUGUUCACGAUGCGCUGUGACAAGUGUCAACGGGUGCUUUGUGUGGAGGGCCAUGUGGCUGCGGUGGAGCGAGUCUGGAAUGAAAGUGACGGACAAUGGCAGCCUCGGCAUGUUAGCUGUUAG